GUUGUUGUUGCGAUAAAUAUUUAACCUAGCUGGAAUUUUUUUUUUUUUUUCCUGGAUUGGCUCUAUUCAUCUUCCGUGGGUGGUGAAUGCGCGUGUCUGGGCAGACAAAGAAGUGUACGGGACCUGAGUGAUCGCCAUCCUUAUAAAGGCAUUGGGGACAGGAAGGAUGCAAAGUCAUCUGAAGAGCGAAAGAGUUAGAGAAUUUCUUUGUCCGUUCUUAGCUCCUUCCGAAAUCAAAGGCACCAGGCAAGGGAGAGAGGGUCGGAGCCAGUUCGGUGUUGAAUGGCUGCUUAUCGCGGCUUGUCUGUUCGCCUCCUCCUCGAGGAGUUCCGCAGCCAGUCCUGCAAACGAGAAGUGCAUGUGGGGAUGUUAGAAAACCUGAUUUUUGUCCGCUUGCAUACAACAGAAGGGUUGGCGAAUAAAUUUCGGGUGUUUGUCCGUCCUGGCCUGCUUUGCACUGAGUGAAGGUCGGUGUCUGGUUGUUCGGAGUUGCUGAAGUCCAUGAUGUGCUUGGUCCUCUGGCAGGAGAAAAGAAAUGCUUUCCAUAGUGACAUUCUUUCUUCUUUGCCGGCCGUCGAGAGGGGAGGAUUAUAUAGAAUUAGCUCAAAUUCCUGCUAGAUUUACCUGCUCCUUUUUGGAUGUUGAUGUACAAUUAGUGUAUUUUACUACCUUUUAAAAGCGGCCAUAAAUUACAGGACUACAAGGGCUCUUUGUGUUGGCUUAAUGAGCUGCUUAAAUCUUAACUACAAAAAGGCGCUGCAAAUGUCUAUUCACGCUUGUAUUCGGAAAUUGAAAGCGAAAACACGGUACGAAGGAACCUUCCUCCGGUGGCAUGUACCCACAGCAUUGCGGGCAGAGAUAUUUGGGAUUCCUUAACGGACCCAACACCAAGCUCAGCUGAUUCUGAGCAGAACUUCUCUCACAAGGGCACAGUCGAUAACGCUGCUCUUUUUAUCUACUUGGGAAUGAUCAAAGACCAACUUUAUCAGACGCACGGAUGUAGGUAAACAGCUCUCCGUCCCAGCUGAUUGCAAAUCUUUCGAGGUAGCAAAGAAAUAAGUACUUAUAUCUUACGGGUGAAAUAAGUACUUAUAUCUUACGGGUGAUUCCCAUUUCGUCUCCACAUGGGAGUGAUAGGCACACCUCUUACCAACUGGCAUAAAAGUAAACUUGAAGCACAGUAAAAAUUCUAACUCUAAUGGUAUUGAAGGUAACUUUAAAUAGCGUUAAUGCUAAGAGUGGCUAUUAAUGCCAGAACGGGCACAAAGGGUCUCCCUUAAUGAAGGCACGUUACGAACUCAGAUCUGUUUGUUGUUACUGAGGCUGGAAUUUAAACUCAGCUCGAAGCCAUGUGUAUAAAGCACAGAAAAAUCAGUAGCACACCUACUGAUAAACUCCACAUUUUUUUUCUACUAGAAACAGUCUUUCGGGUCUCCAAAUCAUCAAGGUAAUAAAACACAACGUUGAGUGUCCAGGAACACGAACAAAGCAGUAAGUGGUGUGGCGAGGGAAGUCUAGCGCCUGCGACUCGCAGGACCAUUUGAAUUUGCAUCUGAAACCUCGUAAUCACGCUACUAGAGCAAAGAAAACUUUCUCCAAAUUCGGCGGAAGGGAAUAAUUUUCAGCUGCAAUUCAGGACAGCACAAAGUUAGGCAGACUCCCCCUUCUGCCUUCCCAAAGCACACUCUGAAAGGUAUUCACACGUCAAGAAGUUACUUUUCUUAAGAAUUAAUUAGUUUCCCCACUAUAUACACCAAGUUAAUUGUUAAACAGUAGUUUUAGGAUUAACUUGACCAUUAAUACCAAUAAAGAUGUUCACAGAAACAGGGUUUGAAGCCAAUAGCCACAGCUAGCGUUAAGGCAUUUCAGAUGACUUAUGAUUGUGAUUUAUUGCUUUUGUAGUUUCUAUUUGCUCAAGACUGUAACUUCUAAAGCCAUCUUUCUACUUUUGACUCAAAGCAGUCGAUAACUUUUUACAACAGCCUCAAGAAAGAACUUGCUUUACUUUUUUCAACAUCUGCUCCAUUCCCCAUUAAUUUCAGUUUCAUUGUUGCAGAAGAACUUCUGUAUGUGUUUCUUCUACGGGAUGUAAACGCACCAAAUUUAAAAGACCCGUGAAGCCAUCUGAAGCAAAUAUCGGCCUUGGUAUAUAAGUAUGAGAGCUGUGGAGUUACCAGGCAUGCUGAUAGUUAGACUCAGGCAUGUAGAGUGUGCCUAAUGUCGUCUCUUUUUAAAAUCUCUGUAGUUUUUAUUCCAGUUCCUAGUGAGGGAUAAUAUAUGUACACCCUGGCACUAGCUUAGUCACCUCCAUAUGAAAAAUUGCGAAGUUUUCUCCUGCUGUAACGUCAUGCUGACUUUGCUGCAAUGCCACUACUGUACACUGUUACGAAUGGGUUUACAUUCCAGUGGCCCAUUUUUACAAUCCAGGAGAGAGUAUAAUAAGGCUUGUCCAUAACACUGAAAGUCAUCCAAAAGAAAACUCCUUCUAUUCUGUUCAAUUAAGUGUAGGUGAAGCAGUAAGAGGGGAUAUGUAGUUAGCUACUUUGAGCUCAUGGGAGAUCGUGGAAAGAUUUAGGCAAGGAUGUAUACAUGAUGAUGCACGAUGAUGGAGUCACAGAACUGAUCCAGGAGGACGUUAAAAGCGUGAACUAUCUGAUUUACUUUGACUCCUUCCAGAAAAGUUGUGUGAGUGGAGGGUUUCUUUUGUUUGUUUAGCUUAUUGUGUCAAUAGCACAAGUUAAACAAUCUUACAGGGAAGAUGUGAUGGGUUCACACACAGGCGAAGCUGCCUGGCUCAGGGGCCACAUACAACUUUGCUUUUUCUUUUUUUCUUAAAAUUUUCCCCUUAGGCAAAGACUCCCCCUCCCCAAUUUUUUUUUUUCCCCAACGUUAGAAACCUAUAAUUUUGUGCAUCACUCAAACUAGCUGUAUAGGAAAUGCGUAAGCACAGGUUUAACAGCAAGGUCCCAAAAGAUUUUGUAAAAUUCAGAGGCACGCCAGUGAAGGAAGGUGUAUUCUUCAUAGUGUGUUACGAGGACAAAAAUCAACUAGCCUCUUAGAAGAGACUCUUUUUGCCUUUGUCAGGUAAUUAUAGGUCUUUUUAACUUCUACAGGAGCCCUGAUGUAGCGUGUGGGAGUCGAGCAAGCCCUGUACAAUGGCAGGAUAGAGGGAGCUGGGGGUGGGGGAAGGCUGAUAAUCGUCCCGUUUAGAAGGGGGCUGGAAAUAAUAGCAUUAAGAUUUGGGCUUUCUUCGGGGCUUGCAGAGGACAUGCGACGUGGAGCGGAGUGGCAGGCCUGGGGAGCAAAUGCCGGUUAAUUAGGCUAAGUAUCAAAGUGCAGCGUUAUAAGAAUUCCUCUUACCUUCCAAUGGGUUUUGUGUAAAGAAAUAUUGGUGUGGGAGGAAAGAGAAUCAGACCAAUCUCCCUCCACAGUCAUCUGCAUCUCUUAGAUUUUUUUUUCUCCUCCCUUAAAACUCUUCUUUAACAUAUUGGGUUAAGGCUUUAAAAAGUGAAGGCUCGCGCUAAGAAACCCUGUUCCUUCAAUGAUUCCCUAUUUCAAAUAAAAGGAUUUAAGUUGACGUAUGACCACGUGAGCACAUAAUACAGCGCAUUAUUGUGGCAUUUGGAGUGGAGACCCGGUCUGGCUCCGUCUGCGAUUACGCUUUUCCAGUUUCUGUUCAGAGCAAGCACUGCUUUCUAUUAUUUUUUUUUUCUCCUGCCCCCAUCACCGUCCCCACAAGAGCUGGCCAUUUCGCUGACAGCUUUCGUUCCUUAUGGAAAGGUUAUUGUCGAGCCGAGAGGACGAAAUGCUUCGUUAGAAAGGAUGGAUUUUAUUUUAAGGUCUGCCCGGAGAGGCCAUUGGAGGAAGAGCGCCACGUGACAGAGGGGUGCCAAUGUUAUUCUCCAAGGGUGUCAAGACCCUGUCAGUUUGCGAAAUAAAUAUUGGGAAACAACGAAAUGCAAAAAGCGACCUACUACGACAGCUCUGCAAUCUAUGGUGCCUACCCCUACCAAGGAGCAAAUGGUUUCACUUAUAAUGCGAGUCAGCAGCAAUAUCCUCCAUCUUCAUCACUUGUGGAAACUGAGUACCACCGCCCCGCGUGCUCCCUCCAGUCCCCUGGCAGCUCUGUGUCCCACCACAAGACCAAUGACAUCAGUGAGAGUUGCAUGAGGACCCUCCCCAGCCAGACUCUCCAGCCCCCCAGCCUCGCUGACCCACAGGCUCCACCGCAGCCGCCUCCAGCCCAGCAGUCACAACCUCCACCUCCGUCCUCCACCUCACCAUCUCAAAAUGCCAGCAGCAACCCUGCCCCGGCCAACCCCACCAAGAGCCCGGCUCUUAACUCACCCACCGUGUCCAAACAGAUAUUCCCAUGGAUGAAAGAGUCUCGGCAAAACACAAAGCAGAAAAACAGCAGUUCCAGUUCAGGUGAGAGUUGUGCUGGUGAUAAAAGCCCUCCAGGGCAAGCCUCCUCUAAGCGAGCCCGUACAGCUUACACAAGUGCCCAGCUGGUAGAACUGGAAAAGGAGUUCCACUUCAAUAGGUACCUUUGCAGGCCACGAAGGGUAGAAAUGGCUAAUUUGCUCAAUCUCACAGAAAGACAGAUCAAAAUCUGGUUUCAAAACCGCAGAAUGAAAUACAAAAAGGAUCAAAAGGGAAAGGGUAUGAUGACCUCUUCAGGAGGACAGUCCCCAAGCAGAAGCCCCGUCCCUCCAGCUGCUGGGGGAUAUCUAAACUCUAUGCAUUCUUUAGUAAACAGUGUCCCCUACGAGCCCCAGUCGCCUCCACCAUUUAACAAGCCUCAUCAAAACACCUAUGGCAUCCCUGCAUCGUAUACUGCUCCUCUUAAUAAUUGCCCACCGCCUCAAAAGAGAUACACGGGGACAGCAGCUGUGACACCUGAAUAUGACACUCAUCCUCUUCAAGGCAACGGUUAUGGGAAUCCACACAUACAGGGAAGCCCCGUCUAUGUAGGGGGCAACUACGUGGAGACCAUGACCAAUUCUGGGCCUUCCAUCUUUGGUCUAACUCAUCUCCCUCAUCCUCCCUCUGCCAACAUGGACUACAGCGGGGCUGGGCCAAUGGCCAACAAUCACCACCAUGGACCUUGUGAUCCACAUCCAACAUACACAGACCUAACCGCUCACCAUCCUUCUCAGGGAAGAAUUCAGGAAGCGCCCAAACUCACUCAUCUGUAAGAGACAGGAGUCACUAAGAGGAGCACCAAGCCCCCAAGUUUUGGAAAGUACUCAUUCCUUCCCUUCUCUCUCCUCCCCCCAACAUGUGCCCUCCCCUUCCCUUCUCGUUUCUUUUGUUCGUUUUGGUUUGUUUUGUUUCCUUUCGUAAAAGCGUUUUCUAGUUUAUGUGACGUAGCAAUAUUCGUUGCUUGAAUUGCUCUAUAGUUUCACUAGUGGAUAUUUAUCUUCUUGAACUGUAGCCUUGUGUCUCACUUUGGGAGUAUGCAGAGGCUUUAUACUUUACCUUCUACACUUUUAUCAAAACAGGGUAUAUGAACAAAUUUUCUAUAAAAGGAAUUCUUAAAUGUGAAUUUGUUCGUACAUGAUUGAUCCCACGGGGAAGCAAUUUUUUUUAUUGCACUUCUUUUAAAUAGCAAGAAAGACAUCAAAAGCGCUUGGACAGGGACUUCCUGGACAAUUAUUGAUACGUGUAAGUCUUUCAAUGUGUGUAUGCUGGUGAACAUUCAGAUUUAUUUAUAUUUUUUUUUUCGCAAACAUUGAAUAAUCUAAGUGUUUAAAAUUUUAUUUAUCCCCAUUUGUUCAUAUUUAUAUAUAUAUAAAAAAAUCUGUACCCUGAAUAUUCAGGAGGCCAUAUAUUAGAUGGCAUAUCGGCACGUGUUAGAAAUAUCAUUUGAAAGGAAACUAUUAACUCCUUUUAUUAAAAAUAGUGAUAAUAAUGAUGAUGACGAUGCAAUAAAAUCUGGGAAAAAAGAUCGCGGUUUGAAUACUUUAUGCUUGUAACAUCCAGCUAGGCAAAAAGUGUGUGAAGCUGAAAAGGCUAGAUUUGUUUUGAAAGUUAUACAUUCCUUGCUGCUCACGUUCUGGAAAAAAAAAAUAAAGUUUUUAUUCUGAAUAAUAAAGAGUUAAGAACAUGUUCUUCGCAGCGCAGGGGAAUGGAGAGCCCUUCAUGACGUGGGGAGUUAGGAAACUCGUCUGUAAACUUACACGAGGAUCUGCUCACCCGAAGGGCCCCGCGAC